AAUAAAUUUCUUAGAAACUUGAAGUGGUUUUGUGAAAAAAAGAAUGUGAAGACUCGGUGAGAAAAGAGACGAUGUUUCAAUCUUCCCGCCGCUCUCAUUCCUUCUCUUCUUCUUCUUCCUCUUCCCUCUCCUCCUCCUCCUCCUCCUCCUCCUCCUCCUCUUCAUCCCGUGGCUCUUGCUAUUUUCCCAACAACUCUCCGUUCUCCGCCGCCGCCACUCCGGUCCGAACAUUCUCCGGCAGUAUUCCGUUCUCUUGGGAACAUUUGCCGGGAAUCCCCAAGAAACAGUCUCCCGCAAGGCUCCGGCGGGAUUCCGCCUCUCCUCUGACCUCUCUCCUCCCCUUACCUCCCAAUUCCUCCACCCAACCCUCGUCAAAGCGCUUAGGAUUUCAAGAUUGGAGGAAAUCGAACUGCCAAUAUUCGCAGCGUGAUCCUUUCUUCGACGCCUUCAUAGAGUGCUCUAAGGAACCUGCCGCCGCCACCGAGCUCUGGAGGGGCGACAGCAAUGGCAAGACGGUUUCUAGAAGCCUGAGCGACCGAUUCGGAUUCAUGAAUCUAUACUCUUCUUGCAAACGGACCUGCAGCGUUUCGGAAUCCAUCGUGUAUCUUCCGAGAACGCCGAGGAGUUCGUUCGAUCUGCUUAACCAGCGCACCGGCGGCUAAAUCGCCAGCGUUAUCGUAAAGGAGGCGGAAAAAAAGAGAUAAGUGGUUGAUUUGAUUGUAUGUUUGUUUAGUUCAAUUAAUCUGUGUGUGUGUGCUGUGGUGACUAAUCUUCACGUGAAAUGAUGCGUCCGAUGAGAUCAAGUGGGGGAUGUGGGAAAAAUGUGAUGAUCAUGAUUAUGACUAUGAUCACGAAAUGGCCUAAUCGCUGUGUUGAAUUAAAAUGUGCUGGAAUUGUUGGUGAAUUACGUUGAAAAUUGAAAUUAGUCUCAGCUUCUUCCAUGUUUGUUCUUAUUCAUUAUUGCUUUGCUCUGUUCUUUAUUGUUCGCAUGUGACCCUCCCCCGACAAUGUGUUUGUAAUUUUACGAUACCUUCAAUUUCCGAA